AUGCGCGCCUUUUCAUCAUUGUCCGCGCUCCUUGUGCUCUCAGCUGCGCCAUGGGUCAGCGCCGAGUAUGUAGGGCUGCCGAAAGCCACUCUUUUCGCGCGACAGGCUCAGGUGGCAGCGGGUGGUGGCGGCGGUGCACCGUCGUCGGUGGCAACGCUGCAGUCGAUUUCGGGCUACACUGCGCCGCCUUCGGCUCAGCUCCCCAGCCCUACCAACUACUCAUCUGGUUCUAUCCUCAACACUGCGCAGAUCCCAGGAUGGAACGACACCACGCGGCCAAACAGCGGUGCAGCAAUCUAUGGAGGUGGAGGGAAUAAGCUCAGUGCGGCGCAGUCGAGGUACCAGAGCUGUUCCGCUGUCGUUGCUGUCGGUGUCGUCGCUGCUGCUGCAGGAUCUCUUUUCAUGAUUAUCUGA